UGAAAUCUGUUCGAAAAAAAUAAAAAUAAUUGACGGUGUGUGUCAGACAGACGAAAGAAUUGAAAGAGGAUGGAACGAGAAUCGAGGAGAAAAAGAAAUAGAAAAGAAAAUACCCUCCAAAUGAUUCACAAAUUAGAUUCUGCAACCAAAAUUUUCACUUGUUUCCAUCUACCAUGAGCGAUUGGUUGGGCUUUUCCCUUUCCCCUCAUCUUAAAUUCCAGCAUCAGGAAGAUGGCGGCGGCGGCGACUACGGUGGUGAUCGGUGUUACUCGGAACAGUGUGAUUCUUCUUCCAUGGCGGUUAUGACUAUCGAUCCUUUCCAUUCUUCUCCUACUCAAGUAGGAUGGAGAUUUGAAAAUGGCGAAGAUGGCGGCGGCGGCGACGGUGGUCCUAAGUUAGAAGAUUUUUUGGGCGGUGGUUGUUAUCCCAUUCCUGCAAAAGAAGACGAAGGCGUUGGCGGUGGCGGUAUUAACGUUAAUAUAUCUCCAAACUCUACCUAUCACGAAUACCAUCAUACGGAUGGUGAUAUUGUUGAGUCUAGAGACACCGGUGAUUGCUAUUUCUCAAACCCACCGCCACCUGCACCGCAUCCGCCAUCGUCACCGCCAUGUUUGUUCUACUACGGUUACCCUUUUUACACCACAAACCAAAACCCACAGCAAAAUGACUUGAUCCCAACGACCGUUGUUCCAUACGACGGUGCAAUUACUCCGAUAUCGGAGUUCAAAUCGUGGUUACGUCAACCUUCAAUUCCACCGCCGCCGCCGCCACAACCACCACCAUUAUCACCCGAUUGUGAUGAUCAACCUGUGAACAACGAUUAUCAGGAGUGUUUGUCACUAGCGGUAACACCACCAAACGCCAUCAUCCCCAUGCCACCGAACUCAUCAGCGACUGAUAACCGGAAGCGAGGGGUGUUACAGACGAAAUCAUCAACUAAAGGAGAUGCAGCCCCUCGGAAAUCAAUCGACAGCUUCGGCCAACGAACUUCCCGGUAUCGUGGCGUGACGAGGCACCGGUGGACGGGAAGAUACGAAGCUCAUUUAUGGGAUAAUAGUUGUCGGAAAGAAGGUCAGACCAGAAAAGGUCGCCAAGUUUAUCUUGGGGGAUAUGAUAAAGAAGAGAAAGCAGCAAGAGCUUAUGAUUUGGCUGCUCUCAAGUAUUGGGGUACUACCACCCACAUCAAUUUCCCUCUAGCAACCUAUGAGGAAGAUCUGGAGAUGAUGAAGGACAUGAGCAGACAAGAAUUUGUGGCCAACUUACGAAGGAAAAGCAGUGGGUUUUCAAGAGGAGCAUCUAUGUAUAGAGGAGUCACAAGACACCAUCAACAUGGAAGGUGGCAAGCUAGAAUUGGAAGGGUUGCAGGCAAUAAGGACUUGUACCUUGGUACUUUCAGUACACAAGAGGAAGCAGCCGAAGCUUAUGAUAUAGCAGCCAUUAAAUUCAGGGGGACAAGUGCUGUAACAAAUUUUGACAUUAGCAGAUACGAUGUUACAAGAAUAUGUUCGAGUUCAACCUUAAUUGCUGGUGAGCUGGCGAAGCGUUCCCUGAGGGAAACCGGGCCUACAAUGGUCGAGGGUUGCAGUGAGCCUGAGCCUAUACUUGCUAUAACAAAUGGAGAGACUUGUGAUGAUUUUGUGGACAUGGUAUGGGAUGGAAAUCAGGGGCGUGAAGGUGCAAAUAAUACUGAUAACUAUUCACCUGGGCCACAAAAUAUGGGCCUAGGUGAGUUGACUUGACUGAGGGAACAAUUUCGUUCCCUCAGUCAAUGAGAUGAAAAUGAAAAUGGAGUGGAUGGGGACCAAUUUGGUAAACAAGGUGACUAUGUUGUGUAGGAAUUAGGAAAGUAGCUAUUGAUGUUAUCAUCAAAACUCAAAAAUGUGUAGUUCAGGAAGUUGGUUUUAGGGCAACAUGUUUGGGAUUUGGGAUAAAACUGUAGUUGGAAAGGUCUUGAAAAGAUGUAUUUUGAUCCUUUGAUCCAAAAUUCACGAUUGUUGUAAAACAAAAUGGAUGGGUGGAUUGGAGUUGUAUUUUAUUACUUUAGUGGGUGAAAAAUGUAAAAUUUGAAAACCUAGUUGGAGGACGAAACUAGAUAUUAUUUUGGGUGAAAA